AUGGAUGAAAAUAACGUUGGUGGACAAGCUGAUAGUGAUAAUCACAACGAUUACACAAACGACGAAGGUAAAAAACAUGAUACUGACUUCCAUCAAGAUGGCCUAGUUAUGAAACCAAUAGUCGAUACGUUGGCCAACGAUGAUUCAUCGCCUUUAGCAUCGCCAUCUUCCAACGGUGAGCUGGAAUCGACUCCCGAUUCUUCUGCUACACCCUCCAUCGUCGAGUCAAAAAAGAAAGACGAGAAGAAACCAGGCGAACCCGAAGUAGGACCAACCGUUGGAUUCUUUGAGUUGUUCCGUUUCGCUACAUGGAUUGAAAUCUUGUUGAUGGUCAUCGGUUCGAUCGGUGCUAUUGCAGCUGGUGUUGCAAUGCCAGCCAUCUCCAUUGUUUUCGGUCAAGUCAUGAAUGUUUUCACCUAUCAGGAGUUGAGAAAAGAUAACUUCUCACUCAUCGAUGAAAUCUCAAAGGUUUCAUUGAACUUCGUGUAUAUUGGUAUCGGUAUGUUCGUUGCGUGUUACCUCGAGGUAACUUGCUGGUCAGUAGCUGGUGAGCGUCAAUCUGUCCGUUGUCGUAAACAAUAUCUCAAAGCGAUUCUCCGUCAGGAAAUCGGAUGGUACGACGUAACCAAAUCAUCAGAGUUGGCCACACGUAUCGCCUCGGAUACUCAGCUUUUCCAAGAGGCAAUCGGUGAGAAAGUUGGUAAUUUCCUUCAUUUCACCUCGACUUUUAUCUCUGGUUUCAUUGUUGGUUUGGUCAAUGGUUGGCAACUUGCAUUGGUUAUUCUCGCCAUUACUCCUCUGCUCGCAGCAUGUGGUGCUUUCAUGACCAAGAUGAUGACAGAACUCACCAAGAAAGGUCAAGAUGCAUACGCCAAAGCAGGUGCUGUCGCCGAAGAAAAGAUCGGUUCAAUCAGAACCGUAGCAACUUUCUCUGGUGAGGAACGUGAGAAUCAACUGUAUGCCAAUAAUCUAAAGGAUGCUUUGGUUAUCGGUCGUAAAAAGGGUGUAAUGAAUGGUAUCGGUAUUGGAUCUGUAUUCUUUGUUAUGUUUGGAUCCUACAGUCUUGCAUUCUGGUACGGUGCCAAAUUGAUUACCGAUAAAACCUACAAUCCAGUUGCUGGUCGUGACUGGCAAGGUUCUGAUGUAUUAACUGUAUUCUUUGCUGUUAUUAUGGGUGCUAUGGCUUUAGGACAAGCAGCUCCAAAUCUUGCAAAUUUCGCAAAUGGUAGAGGUGCUGCUUACAAGAUCUAUCAGGUCAUUGAUCGUAAAUCAAAGAUCGGAUCCAUUCUCAAAGGAAGAAAUGUAUCGUUUGCCUAUCCAUCACGUCCAGAAGUACAAAUUUUCAAUAACUUUAGUUUGGCAAUCAAGAAAGGUCAAACCGUUGCAUUGGUUGGUGAUUCCGGUGGUGGUAAAUCAUCUGUUAUCGCUUUAUUAGAACGUUUCUAUGAUCCAUUGGAUGGUGAAGUCUUGAUGGAUGGUGUCAAUAUCAAAGAUAUCAAUGUCAAAUGUCUUCGUCAAAAUAUUGGUUUAGUCUCACAAGAACCAACAUUGUUUGGUGUUUCAAUUGCUGAUAAUAUCAGAUAUGGAAAUGAAAAUGCAUCGAUGGAACAAAUCAUUGAAGCAGCCAAGACAGCGAAUGCUCAUGACUUUAUCUCUGCACUUCCAGAAGGAUAUGACACUCAAGUCGGUGAGAAAGGUGUUCAAAUGUCUGGUGGACAGAAACAACGUAUUGCCAUUGCAAGAGCUAUGAUCAAAAAUCCAAAGAUUCUCUUGCUCGACGAAGCAACCAGUGCUCUUGAUACUCAAAAUGAACAUCUCGUACAACAAGCCAUCGAUAAACUCAUGGUUGGUCGUACUACUAUUGUUAUUGCUCAUCGUUUGACAACUAUUCAAGGUGCUGAUGUCAUUGCUGUUGUUCGUGGAGGUGCUAUCGUUGAGAAAGGAACUCACUCAGAGUUGUUGGCAAUGAAUGGAGUCUACACUGCUCUCGUCCAACGUCAACAAUCCGGUGACGAAGACGCCAAGAAGAAGCUUAAAGGUAAAGGUAAAGGUACUCAUGGUGGUGUUAAAUCCACUGAUGAUUCCGAUAAACAAGGUAAUUCCUCAGAUACUACUUCCGACACUGAAGAAGUCAGCAAUGAUGAAGGUAGCAAUCUCGACUCCUCAAGCAACAACGACAAGAAGAAGAAGAAGAAGAAGAAAGAAAAGAAGGAAGAAGUCAAGUCUGAAGUUCCAAUUCUCCGUAUUGCCAAGAUGAAUCAAGCCGAAUGGCCAUUCUUCUUGCUCGGUAUGAUUGGUGCUUUGGCAAACGGUGCGAUCAUGCCAGUUUUCUCAAUUAUUUUCUCUGAGAUUCUCAAGGUUUUCAACUCUGUCAAUAUGUAUGACAAUGCCAUUACAUUGUGUCUUUGGUUCUUAUUGUUGGCUGCAGUCGCAGGUCUUGCCAAUUUUGUCCAAAUCUGUUCUUUCACCUACAUCGGUGAAGUUCUCACCUAUCAUCUCCGUUACUUCUCGUUCCGUUCGAUUAUCCGUCAGGAGAUUGGAUGGUUCGAUAUGCCACAAAACUCCACCGGUAUUCUCACUGCUAAUUUGGCAACCGAUGCCACCUUGGUACAAGGUAUGACAAGUCAACGUCUUGGUUUGAUCAUCCAAAACAUCGUUACAAUGGUAGCCGGUCUCGUCAUUGCAUUCAUCGCCGGUUGGAAGUUGACUCUUGUCAUUCUGGCAACCGUUCCAAUCAUUGGUUUCGCCGGUAAAGUUGAAAUGGAUUUCAUGGCUGGUUUCUCCAAGGAAGGAAAAGAAGCGUACGCGCGUUCCGGUCAGAUCGCAACCGAAGCGAUCGGUGGUAUUCGUACUGUCAGUUCAUUCACCGCCGAGAAGAAGGUCUAUGACAAAUUCAAGUUUGCAUUGGAAGAUCCAAUUAAGAUCGCCAAGAAGAAGGCAUUGACUGCUGGUUUGGUGUUUGGUUUCACUCAAGCAACAAUGUUCUGGAUUUGGGCACUUGGUUACUGGUACGGAGGUAAAUUGGUCUCAGAAGGUGAAUGGAAAGCACCACAAUCCGACAUUAACAAGUGUGUUCCACCCGACUACAUCUAUGGAGUCAGCAAAGACCACUGUAUUUACAUUCAAAACACCAUCCAUGGAUUCGGUAUGAUGCAACGUGUAUUCUUUGCCAUUGUUAUGUCAGCUAUGGGUGUUGGAAAUGCCGCUGCUUUCGCACCAGACAUGGCCAAAGCAACAGUUGCCACCAACGCUAUCUUCAAGCUCAUCGAUAAGAUCUCAAAGAUUGAUCCAUUCAACAAAGGUGGUGAUACUCUUCCAGAUAUCAGAGGUGACAUCGAGUUUAGAAAUAUCAACUUUGCCUAUCCAUCACGUCCAAACAAACAGAUCUUCAACGACUUCUCACUCACCAUUCCAGCUGGAAAGAAAGUUGCAUUGGUCGGUGAUUCCGGUGGUGGUAAAUCAACUGUCAUUGGUUUGUUGGAGCGUUUCUACGAUCCUUCACAAGGACAAAUUCUUUUGGAUGGUGUUCCAAUUACCAAUAUGAAUUUGACAUGGAUGAGAAGCAAUUUCGGUUUGGUCGGUCAAGAACCAUUCUUGUUCUCCGGAUCGAUCAUUGAGAACAUCAGAUACGGUAAACCCGAUGCCACCAUGGAAGAAGUUGUUGCAGCAGCCAAAGCAGCCAAUGCUCAUUCAUUCAUCGAUCAACUCCCGGAUGGAUACGACACUCAACUCGGUGAUAAGUAUACACAACUCUCAGGUGGACAGAAACAACGUGUUGCCAUUGCAAGAGCAAUCAUUCGUAAUCCAAAGAUUCUCUUGUUGGACGAAGCAACCAGUGCUCUCGAUUCCAAAUCCGAGACAGUUGUACAAGAAGCACUUGAUAAUGUCAUGAAAGGAAGAACCUCAAUUGUCAUUGCUCAUCGUCUCAGUACCAUCAUCGACUCUGACAUUAUCGCAGUUGUCAAAGGUGGUAAAGUCGUCGAAAUUGGAAAUCAUCAACAACUCUUGGAAAUGAAUGGAUUCUAUGCCAAUUUAGUACAAAGACAACUUUAA